CAGCCGCAACAUGAGCCUCUCCGCGGCGCGCUCCGUCCCGCUCGCUCUGCUCCUGGCCGCCUGGCAUGUCUCGCAUGUCGCGAGCAGCACCGCAGCUACUUCUGUGGCAACACAAAAUGUCAGCCAAGGGAUUCCAGACCAUUCGUCCAGCACUGCAGGAUUACAUACAGAAAAUAUUACCCCAGAUGCAACCACCAGUAUGCAAAGCUUUGUCCCAACUACGGAGACAACUAACCUCCCAUUCAUGACAGAUAACAUCACCAUAACUGGCUCUCCUCAAAGCUCCACGAGAAAAAAUAUCACAUUAGUAAGCCCAACUGAACUUGAACUGCUGUGUAGUUUGCCUCUUAGGUCUUCCAUGGAAAUGGAAAAAAUUGAGGUUGUUUGGAAAAUGGGUAACACAACCAUCAAAGAGGACACCAUCAACAGGAAUGAAACCAAGACUAAAUGGUGCACUCGAUAUACAGUAUACGUCAAGAAUAAAGACCAAAUGGGAGAUUACACUUGCAUUUUUAAAACUAAGCAGGAAGUAAAUGCUACAUUCCAUUUACAAGUACCUGAAAUACACAUAAAAUCUGAGAACAUAAUUACUUACGUAGGUUAUUCUGUGAUCAUGACAUGUUUCGUUGGCAAUGACACAGUGCAUUACAACUCCUCUUUUUGGACUUGGUAUAAAAUUAAUGGAAGUGAAAAGGUUGCUAUUAAUAGCAGUAUAAUGCCAAAGAAGUAUGAUAUUACCCCAAAACAUGGCAGCAUAUCCAAACUGAAGAUCUCAGAACUUUCUGAAGAUGACAGUGGCUUUUACUACUGCGAAGCCAGAUAUCCACCUGGUGAAAGCAAUGGGAAGGUGUCCCUCAAAGUUCUCACCUACAUGGCACCACUCAAACCAUUCCUUGCAAUAGCUGCUGAAGUUAUUAUUUUAGUUGCCUUUAUUUUCAUCUAUGAAGUAUGCUCCAAGAGGAAAGAUGUUCAUGCCGAACCUGAAAAAGAAUUUGACCAGACAGAAACACUGAAAUCAGAAGACAGCAAUGGUGUGGAAAACAGUACUACCCGGCACAGAAAAGUGUAAAUGUUUUGCAGAAAGGUGGUAAGGCAAAGGAGACAGAUGGCUAUCUGUCAUACCAGAGAACUUCAAGAAGAUUUAAACGGUGGAACCAUAGCUAUUCUGCUUCUGACUGUGGCCUUUUCAGAUGCAUUAAGCAAAAAAUAAUACUGCUUAACAUGCCUUUUUUUAAGUAAGAAAUUUAUUAAGUGAUGCGGAUGUCUUUCCCAUUGUCAUUCUGGGCUGAACCUGCACUGCUGUAUGCUUUCCAUUGUUUAUACUCUGUUAUACCUGUCUGAGUGUUUUGGGUCUAAUUAGCAAUAAUGUUGAACCAGCCAUUAUCCUGAAUGUAUAUGUGUGAUAUCAGUUUUGCCAGGCACUAGUUCAGGCUUCCACUGGUUCUACUGUGUCAGCCAUGAUUGAGGAGCAAAAAUAAGACUGACACUUGCAUUGACAAUUUUAGUUUCAUAUUGUAUUCUAGUUCUUCAGUUUCUUAAGUCUAGAACCAAUUAAUGAAAGAAAGGCCUGAUGACACACACUUCUACUGCUGAAGACAUUUUGUGUAGAUCAGGGUCUUCCUUAGAACUUUGAGAGUCCCCUCCUUUCGUUUUGUAAAGAAACAAGUUGCCAGCCCUCAAGUUUAGAGAAAAUAUUUGAAUGUUAGAAUAGUAAAUGCAAGGCUCAGUGACUGAAAACAUACAACAGGCCACAACUUUGGAAUUUUAAAUGAUGAUGUUUAAGCCAAAGGAAUAAUUUGUAAACAUAUUAAUGUAGAAGAAUUGUAGAACAGUAAGGCCAUCAGGUCCAAACCCCUUCUGUUUCAGGUCACCAGAUGAAGGUUCUUGGUUGGUCUGUCCAACUGUCCAACUUUUCUGCUGCGAGUGGGUCACAGAUUGUACAGACAAACAAUGAGCCCUGCUAAUUACAGGCUUCUCUGCACGAGGCAUUCAUGUGGGUUUGAUCCAUCUCUCAGGGAGGUUUGCAGGGCCUUUUCACAAUGUUGCCUCUCUUGUGCUUUUCAGCCAUUUUUGCAACAUUUUUUUUAGUGCAAGGAAAGCCUGGUGUUUUCCUAGAUGGUGCCAUUAUUCACUUCGGAAGCCUAGUAUUUCUACAAAUCUUUUGUAUAUCACAAUGCCACUCUGGGUUGUGUCAUCAAACAUAUAGAAACAUGGGGAAAGGUGGGAGGAAUCCCGCUGGAAAAACUGUGAAGGGCACUCUAACCCUUCUGCGAAGAAAAUGAAAGAAGCGGGCUUAGUAAGGUGCCCGGUUAUAAGUUUCUUGUAGAGAAGUUCUGGCAGUUUGUUUGUAGCCUUACCAAAGAGAUGGAAAAAAACCAACAUUCUCUAUUAAAAUCAGUGGUGUCACAUUUCCAAGGUAUUUUGAACACAGUUUAAGCAUUUUCCAUUCUUCUGAUCAUAGCUAUAGAUUCUGGCAUCCUGAAAUCAGUAUUUUCUAAUUUGUUGAGCAAAUUCCCACAAUGAAUAAAGAUCUGACAAUGCAUUAUUAAGCGGCAA